UGGUUGGGUCAUUUGUGGGGGAUUUUUUAUUUGACUAUUAACGUUACUAAUAUGGGAGGUUUUAAAUAACUAACGACAAAUGUCCCCAGAUAACACUAGUCCUGCGAAUAGGGUUAUUUGUUACAAAAGUAACUGCAGUAAUAACGACAAUAGGAGUGUGACAUGAAUCCCCGCAUGUAAACACGGGUGUAUUAUUAAUGCAUAGCCUAUAACAAGUUAGUAACGUUUCGUUGGAUCUGCUUGGACAUUUUACAUGUGUGUGUCUAUUUUCCCGACAGUACCUGAAGGCAUCAUUUUUGCGUCUGCCGUCAUCAGGGAAGCUUCUGACGAUAUUCAGACAAUAAUCACACAAAUGCUGUGCAUGAAUGUAUCUGUUGAAGUGAGAUGUCUGCUCUCCCUUUAGAGAUGGAUUCUCAGAAUUCAAACCUGAACUGUGCCAUAUGCCUGGACCGCUUCCGGAUCCCUGUUACCAUCCCCUGCGGUCACACCUUCUGUCAAGAAUGCAUCAACCUUCACUGGGACACCAAGAGCAAGUCCGAUAUCGGACCUCAGUGUCCAAUCUGCAAUGAGAAGUUUCCUACCAGGCCCAUUCUCAAGCGUAAUGUGUCCUUGUCGGUCUUGACUGAGGCUGUGAACAUCGCCCCCCCUUGUAGAGAGUCGCUUGUGAGGGGAAGCGAAGGGGCGAGAGCCUUGCUGCUGUGUGAUCGCCAUAAAAAGCCUCUGGUUUAUUACUGCAGGCAGGACAAAAUGCCUGUGUGCUGCCAGUGUGCAAUCUCAGAAUGCGUGGACCACGAAAAGGGGUUGUUGGAGACAGAAAGGGAAAACCAAGAGCUGCUGCUGGAAAGGAAGAUAAAGGAGGUGGGGAAACUCACUGAAGAGACGCAGAAAAGUAUAAAUGACUUGGCCGAAAACAUCAAUCACGCCAAGGUGACUCUUCAGCAGACUUCCACCUGGGUCAAUGCCAAGUUCUCCACCCUGAUUAAAAUACUGGCGGAGAAGCAGGAGGCUACAGAGAUCUUCACAGAGGAGCAGAAAGAAGCUGCCAUCACUGAGGCGGAGGCACGGCUAGCUGAACUUAAGAAGCGCUCCCAGAAACUCCAAGAGAGCCGGGAACUGAUAGCAGCUGUACUUAAGCUCUCUGAUACAGAGCUCAUCAAGGAAUCAAUGGUCCUAGAGAUCCCCCAUUUCAAAGAUAUUCCCACGGAUGUAACGCCAAACCUUCAAGAGCGAUUAAACGGUGUCACAGAUGUCCUGUCCCGAGUCUCCAAGCUGGUAUCUGAGGACCUAGAGAAAGCCGUGAGCACCGUUGUGGGUCCUGACAAAGAUGGUUCUCCUCAAGAUAAGAGGCCGAUCCUAGCCGUGGUUCCCAGUCCAGCUGCUCCGUGCCACCCUGGGGGGAAGGACGGCCUCAGCGCUUACAGAUGCUCUCUGACCUUUGACCCCCGCACGGCCAACGGGCACCUGUGUCUGUCCCAGGAGAACCGGAGGGCAGAGCACCUGACCACCGGGCCCCGCAUCGUCCCAGCCCACGAAGCGCGCUUCGAUCACACCUGGCAGGUGCUCUGCUUCCAGGGCUUCAGAAAUGGACAGCACUACUGGGAGCUGGAGGUGUCCAAGCCCUGGGCCUACCUCGGGGUAACCUACGAGACCAUCCCCAGGAAGGAGAAGGGCAAAAGGUGCAUGGUGGGUAUGAACGAAUUGUCCUGGAGCCUGCAACUGGACGAGCAUCAGAUCAGCGCCUGGCACAACGGCCGACGGGAGACGGUGGUCGGCCACUCCCAGCACAGCCGCAUCGGCAUGCUGCUGGACUACGAGGCCGGGACCCUCACCUACUACGGAGAUGGGCAGACCAGGCUCCACGCCUUCCACUGUGCCUUCAGCCAGGAGCUGUUCCCCGCCUGCUGGAUAGGAGAGGGGGUCAGCAUCACCCUCUGCUCCACAUGAGCUGACUCAUAAAGAAAAGAGAAGAAGAGAGCUCCAUAUUAAGAAUCCCCCUUAAACAUUCAGGACGGUUUUUAAAUCUCUUUGACUGCCUUCCUACAUCGUUUUAAGCUGAAAACAUUGGCUGUAAUGGACCUUCCUUUCCAAAACUGCCCACCUGUCUUAGACUUAUUCCCAUAACCACAUGACAAUAAUGCUAAGGAAAGUGUCACAAACCCUAGUUCUAAAGGGCGUUAGGGUUCAAUUUUAAAGGCAGAAUGAGUAGGAUUUUCUUGAAAAACCAAUGUAUAGGCUUGUACAAAAAGAACUCCUUUUAAUAAUGACUUAGGGAGCCCCCCGAAGUGUGUGGCGUGCUCUGUAAAAGACCCUUGCCCACUCUUUCUUUUAAUUUUGCGUGUAAUAAAUUGUUGCCUGGCAAUCAACGGAGACUACAGGAAUUAGAAGCAAUCGUCCAGCACAUAUGCUUCCAUAAAACUACAUGUCAUUUUAGUUUUCCUAUGGAUUAAAAUCACAUUAUCAUAAAAAAAAUCACUGAGCUGUAGAGGCCGGUUGGUGACUUUUGGUUACCUUUUAAUAGAGCAGAUCUAGUCUUUAUUCUAAGAUAAGCUAACAUUUGGUGGAUGAUGCUUUAUGUUGAGCUUACAGACAUAGAUAUGGAAAUAGACAACCCUCUACCUGGGCUACACAGUAUAUGCACACAUAAAAGAAGUCAUGGCUGUAUAAUAAGAACAAAGAUGGAGACCUUUAUGCAGUGCUGUGAGAAGCCAUUUGUUGAGGAUGUGCUAAAGCAUAACUUACAUACUACAACUUUCAACAUUGCUGUUGAAAAAAAAAAAAAAAAAACGCUCUAAAACCUUUCUUCUUUUUUUUAUUUCUGGGCAGAAUUCAAUCCACAGAAGGAUUAGAGCCAGUUCAUAAUGUGGUGCGAAGAGCCACUGCAGGGUAUAGUCUUGAGAUAUUGUCCUGUUAAAAGAACAACCCAACCAAAUCAAUAAAGACACUGUUAAAAAAAGAAGACAAAAAAAAAAAAAUCGUUGUGGGCUGUACAUCACUCCUGAGAGUACAAAUUGAAAAUGGAUCACUGUUUUCAUCAUCUUGGGAUCUUGGCAUGAACGCACAAACCGCCCUGCCUGUACAGUUUUAAACCUGGGAUACUGACAAUGUUGUGAUGGAAUCUGCUGUACUGUACAAUGUUUUUAUUGGGCUUUUAGCCUUUUUUUUUAAUCAUGAGCACCCUAAGAGGGCACAGCUGGGACCUUUGGAAUGUUGAGGUACUCGAGGCUUGGGACAUCAUGCGUCAGUCUUUGGGAAACUGCGGUGGAUUUGCACAAGGUGUCCGGAAGCGCAGACGUGGACUACUGAUUGAGAAGGGAAAAGCACAUUUCCAGGCUGUUUGACAUGUAAUGUCACAUGACAUAUAACAUACCCCCCUCCUGCUGACUCUGGAAUAUGUUUAUGUUAUGAAUGCUAAUGCACUAUGCUGUGAUUAAAGUAGAAUACCAAUUAAUGUGUGAUAUAGCGAUGCUCAGUGUAGAAAUACAGACAAAGACAGUUCUGUUUCACAUGAAUCAAGAUCCAUUUAAUAAAAUCCAAUCCAAUGC